AUGACGGAGGGAACUGUGACAGAAGAAAGUGAGUUUGAUAUCGAUCUGGUGACUGAGCUAUUCGAGAAGUCACUUUUUGGUGACAAUGACGUCAGUCUGCCGCUAUACAUUGACGCAUACCGACAAAUUAACAAAUUUUUCUCACUCCUCAAUAAAGGAUUUUCUUUUGUUGAGAAAGAUUUGCUGGAGAAAGAAAAAAUCCUGCAUGAGUUACAUGUAGCUGACCCUGCUCAUUAUGAUACUGUAAAUAGCAUGGUAUCUUGGGAAUGUCGUUUGGGCGCACCAUUCGAAAAAGGUUCAAGGACACUGCUGCGACUGCAUAGAGCCCUAUUAUUUAUCGUUGACUUCUUGAAGAAUUUGAAAGAUUCCCGUGAAGAAGAUCAGAUCUCGAUGUUAUGUCAGGCAAGCUAUGAUGGCACGUUAUCGAAAUACCAUAGUUGGAUUGUUAGGAAACUUGUUGGCGUAGCGGCCCAUUUGCUUGCUUCUCGAGAUUGCAUGUUGAAUGCGAUUAUAAGUGGGAGAAGUUCACGACAUGAAUAUGAAGUCAUGCAAGCAAUUACUAGGUUUAUUAGUAUUGCAGAACAAGUUUUUUAUCGCUUGCAAAAAAUUUAUGAAGAUAAAAACAUUUUGAAUCUCCCUUGA